AUGAGGCCGAACAGAUCUCCAGAGGAAAGCACUGAGGGAGAUGCUGGGAAAACAGAGCGGAAGGCCACGGCCAAAGAUGCUUUCAAAGACAUCUCCAUAUACUUCUCCAAGGAAGAAUGGGAAGAGAUGGGAGAAUGGGAAAAAAUCCGUUAUAGGAACAUGAAAAGGAACUACGAAGUGCUGAUUGCUAUAGGUUUCAGAGCCACUCGACCGGAUUUCAUGCAUCACCGUAGGCAGGUCAUCAAAUCCCAGGUAGAUGACACUGAGGAUUCUGAUGAAGAAUGGACACCAAGGCAGCAAGGUAAACCUUCUCGGAUGGCCUUCAGAGUGGAGCACAGUAAACACCGGAAGGGAAUGUCCAGGGCACCAUUAAGGAAGGAAUCUAGUUUGAAGGAAUUUCCGGAAGCAGCAAAAUUGCUGAACACAAGUGGCUCCAAGCAGGCUCAGAAACCGGUGCCCCCUCCCAGAAAAGCAAGGACCCCUGGACAGCACCCCAGACAAAAAGUUGAACUCAGAGAAAAGGAGACUGGAGUGAAGAGGUACAGUCUACGAGAAAGAAAGGGCCACGUGUACCAAGAGGUCAGCGAGCCCCAGGAUGACGACUACCUCUAUUGUGAGGAGUGUCAGAACGUCUUCAUCGACAGCUGUGCAGCCCACGGGCCCCCAGCCUUCGUAAAGGACUCUGCAGUGCCAAAGGGGCACGCCAACCGCUCAGCGCUCACCCUGCCCCCUGGGUUAAGCAUCAGGCUGUCGGGCAUCCCUGACGCUGGGCUUGGAGUGUGGAACGAGGCGUCCGAUCUGCCGCGGGGCCUGCACUUUGGGCCCUACGAGGGCCAGAUCACAGACGAUGAAGAGGCCGCCAACAAUGGGUAUUCCUGGCUGAUCACCAAAGGGAGAAACUGCUACGAGUAUGUGGAUGGGAAGGACACGUCCUGGGCCAACUGGAUGAGGUAUGUGAACUGUGCCCGGGACGACGAGGAGCAGAACCUGGUGGCCUUCCAGUAUCACGGGCAGAUCUUCUACAGAACCUGCCAGGUGGUCAGGCCGGGCUGUGAGCUGCUGGUCUGGUACGGGGAUGAGUAUGGCCAGGACCUUGGCAUCAAGCGGGACAGCAGGGGGAAGAGCAAGCUUGCGGCCGGGAGAGAACUGAAGCCCAAGAUCCACCCAUGUGCCUCCUGCUCUCUGGCCUUCUCCAGUCAGAAAUUCCUCAGCCAACACAUCCAACGCAGUCACCCCUCUCAGACCCUCCUGAGACCAUCUGAAAGAGACCUCCUCCAACCAGAGGAUCCCUGCCCAAGCAAUCAAAAUCAGCGAUAUUCAGAUCCACACAGCCCGAGUGACAAACCUGAGGGUCAGGAGGCCAAGGACAGGCCCAAACCUUUGUUGAAAAGCAUAAGGCUGAAGGGGAUUUCAAGGGCCUCUUGCUAUUCACCCGGAGGACAAAUGGGGGGUUCUGGGGUGCAUGAGAGAAUGAAAGACGAGCCCAGCACAAGCCAGAAACUGAAUCUGGAGGACACAGGCACAUUAUUCACGGGGGCAGGGGUCUCAGAGAUUAUGAGAAUCACGUACGGAGACUGUGGGCAAGGCUCCAAGGACAGGUCAAGUCUCAUCACACACCAGAGGACACACACAGGGGAGAAGCCCUAUGUUUGUGGGGAGUGUGGACGAAGCUUCAGUCAGAAGACCCAUCUCAUCUCACACAAGAGGACACACACAGGGGAGAAGCCCUAUGUUUGUGGGGAGUGUGGGCGAAGCUUCAGUCAGAAGACCCAUCUCAUCUCACACAAGAGGACACACACAGGGGAGAAGCCCUAUGUUUGCGGGGAGUGUGGGCGAAGCUUCAGUCACAAGUCCAUCCUCAUCAGACACCAGAGGACACACACAGGGGAGAAGCCCUAUGUUUGUGGGGAGUGUGGGCGAAGCUUCUAUCACGGGUCAAAUUUCAUCAGACACCAGAGGACACACACAAGGGAGAAGCCCUGUGUUUGCGGGGAGUGUGGGCGAAGCUUCCAUCGGAAGUCCCAUCUCAUCUCACACCAGAGGACACACACAGGGGAGAAGCCCUAUGUUUGCAGGGAGUGUGGGCGAAGCUUCAGGGAUAAGUCAGUCCUCAUCACACACGAGAGGAUACACACAGGGGAGAAGCCCUAUGUUUGUGGGGAGUGUGGGCAAAGCUUCAGAGAUAAGUCAGUCCUCAUCAGACACCAGAGGACACACACAGGGGAGAAGCCCUAUGUUUGCGGGGAGUGUGGGCGAUGCUUCAGUCAGAAGACCCAUCUCAUCUCACACAAGAGGACACACACAGGGGAGAAGCCCUAUGUUUGCGGGGAGUGUGGGCGAAGUUUCUGUCAGAAGUCAGCCGUCAUCAGACAUCAGAGGACACACACAGGGGAGAAGCCCUAUGAUUGCAGGGAGUGUGGGCGAAGCUUCAGUCAGAAGUCCGUCCUCAUCAGACACCAGAGGACACACACAGGGGAGAAGCCCUAUGUUUGCGGGGAGUGUGAACUUAGAAAAGAAACUUCUGGUCAUCAAAAUACAAAGAUGUGGGGCAGGGAGAAAAGCGCUGCUUUAGACCAAUUUAUGCACACUACUAUUGACAAAACAAGUGAUCAGGGCCCACCAUGUGACAGAAGGAAACAUACUUCACACCUUGCAUUAAGCUAUAAAGGAAAAACCCUGACAAAUCAUAU